CCUUCCUGCCUUGCACUGACCACUUAAAACCCGCACCGAUAAUGAAAGGAUGGGGAUCAGACGGACGGGCGGAACAAAACUUAUUCAAACGUUAACGUAGCCGCACAAUUCGAUGACACCGGUUUUCAUAAAAAUGAGUACUUUGGAUACGACUUCGCCGUUCUCUAACUUUACGCAGGAGCUUUGACUACACAUCCCAGGCGCCUUUGUUUGAAAAAGAACACUUCCGCUAAAACAGGAAGUACAUCUGUUUUUGCAGACAUGAAGCGGGUUGCCCGUCAUGUUUGUGACGAUGGCCCCAUCCCCGAGGAGCAGGAAACGGAGGGCCAGAGGCAGCUUCACAGUCUGCUGCUCCAGCAGCUUCACACAGACGUCAACAUUGACCGUUGUGUAGCAAAGAAGAAAUGUUUCGCUCCAGCCACGCUGUACAAGCCCUUUGGGAAACAGGCAGCAGGCGUGCGAAGCCUCGCCCAGUUUCAAGCCCUGCAGGAUGGAGAGCAGGAGCUGGCCAGCCUGAGAGAGCUGGGCCUCACCGACACAGAAAUCGAACUGUGGAGGAGCAGGGACCAGUCCAAAAGUGGGGAGAGGAGUCGGGGAGUGAGCGCGGCUCCUGAUGCGCGGGACGAGCGGCUACAGGUGAUCCGGGACAAGAUGGCAGCACGGGCAGAGCUGCUCACGCGCCCCCAGCGCUUCUCAGCCAGCCGAGCCCUUUCUCGCCGAGAGAUGGAGAUUGAAAGGGCGCUUUUCCAUGGCAAUGACCGCUGCAGCUUUCUUACCGCCCUUUACCAUCAAGAGGAAGAUUCACAAAAUGACCAGCAGGGGGCAACAUCCUGUAAACCAGUGGAUACAUUAUAUAGAGAUUUCCUCAAAGACCAGCAGAAAGACUUGGUGGUCUCCGCUGAACCUGUACCUUCGAUUAGACCUGAUUUUUCACAUACAGAUAUCAGUCAUAAACAGUCAACACUUAAAGGCACAGACCCUGAUCAAUCAUGUGCUUUUGAGGACUGUACUACCACUUCAUCGUCUAGUCAUGAGCUUCAAACAGCUAUCAACAUGAAUACCCAGACACACUCCCUAAAUCAAGGGAAGUGCAGCAGAUUGGCUAUUUCACAAAAAAUAGCAGUAAACCAGCCUAUUGGACAUCUUACUGCUUUUUCUGGGCAGGGUCAGGAUAGUCCAAUGACAGUCAGUGGUAGGAUAGAGGAGAUUUCCAAUGAGGAGAUUGCAAACAAUCGGGAGACGGAGGAGGGAAUCAGGAGAAUUUCACGUUUUCGGAACUACCAGCGUGGAGAGCCAUCCAGUGUGCUGUGUGUGAAGAACAUGAGUCUUCGGGCAUCUCUAGCCCAGCUGGUGUCCCUCUUCUCCAGGUUUCAGAAGGGUGAAGCAAAGCCGAUACUGUACCGCCUACUCACCGGAAGACUUAAGGGCCAGGCUUUCAUCACAUUCUCUGAUAUAGAAACUGCACAGGCAGCCUUGGAAAUGUUGAAUGGGUACAGGCUGCUGGACAAGCCUCUUGUGAUUGAGUUUGGACGAGAGAGGAAAGAUCCAAACAGUGGGAACUGUUGUAGGAACACUAGUAUAACUACAGUACAAGGGUCUGUGGAACUCUGCAAGGACUAAGCUCUCUAAAGCAUUUCAUUCAUCAUUCAGAAAUUACCAGUGAGUAAAAUGCCAUAAAUGUUGUUAUUUGUCUAAAUAAAAUAUGUUAUGUAGAUA